AUGGAGACGCUGUUUUACUUGCUGGCCCUGGCGUUUGCCCGACACUGCUGGGGUCUGGGUUAUGACACCGGGGUUCAAAGUUACCAAACUGGACAGCGCGCAGCAAGUCGUCACAGGAACUGGUGUGCGUACGUGGUGACACGGACGGUCAGCUGCGUGAUGGAGGACGGCGUGGAGACGUACAUCAAACCGGAUUACCAGCGGUGCACGUGGGGCCAGUGUCCUAGAGUGGCAUACCGGACGUACCGGCGGCCGCGGUAUAAAGUGGCCUAUAAGAUGGUGACGGAGAUGGAGUGGAAGUGUUGUCAUGGUUACUCCGGAGAAGACUGUCACGAGGGGCCCAGGGUCUCCACAACAACACACACGGGACGUCCCAGAGUCACUCCACCGGGGCACAACUCUGGAGGAGGAGGGGGGCAGAGGGGCGGCGCUGGUGACAAUGAGAAAAUCCGGCAGCUGGAAGAAACUAUUCGUGGUCUGACCAAGGACCUCCAUAACAUGCAAGCCACCAUCAACGGCAUCAACCAGAAACUACCUGGUUUGACUGGGAGCAUCACCCCGUCAGACUCUGCACAGCCUCAUAUGAAGGAGACCAUCAACAGCAUUCAGCACAAACUGGACCACCUCUACAACAGAACAGAGGUUCACGAUCGGACACUGUCGAACAUAAACAACCACCUGGGGAAUGGAGGAAAUGAGCUGGAGGGCGGAGGAGGCGGACACGGGGGAGGGGGCGGAGUCACCGGGACUGAGCUGAACUCAAUGAAGGAGCAGAUCCUGACUGAGCUGGAGAGGAGGGUCACUCUGUCCUGCUCCGCCUGCCAGGCAGGAGUGGAGGACUUGAGGCGCCAACAGCAGGAGGACCGCGAGCGCAUCCGUGCUCUGGAGAAACUGGUCAGCUCCCUGGACCAGCAUGUCAGGACGAGCCUGGACAUCACCCGCACUGAAUCCGAGCGGUCAAAAACCUGCUGCGACUCCAUCACUGAGCUCGAGAGGAGAAUCACCGACACCGACGCACGGGUCACCUCCACCUCCAACAAGUGUGACGUCAUCAAAGGGCGCCUGGACAAAGAGCUAGCAGGUUCAGGUGGAAGUAGCGGCAAGGGAAGAGUUACAGAGGACAGGCUGAACGGCAGACUGCGCGACUUGGAGAAAAAGCUCAACAAUACAAUGAGGAAAACAGAGCAACGAUGUGCAAAUUCUGGCAACAACUUGAAGGAUACCGUUCAAAGAGAUGUCACCCAAUUGCGUAAUCUUGUCAUUGGGCGUUUGGACGAUAAUAGCUUCAAAAUAGGAAAAGUUGAGAUUGACGUUGCCGUUCUUGGAGAUACGGAGGAAGUGGGGCGUCUGAGAGAAGAGGUGGAGGAGUGUACGGGCCAGUGCAAAGUCAACAUCAACGAUCUGAAAAACCGCUUAGAUGGACACAACGCUAAUAAUGGGCGGUUGGGUGGUGAUUUGAAGUCCAUACAAGGAGAACUGGACAGGGUCAAGAACUCCUUCAACUCCUUCAAUGACACGUUGAAGGGUCUUGACAGAACUACGAAUGAUUACGGAAGGGCACUCAUCAAUCUGAGAAACAGCAUUCUGGCAGAGGUGGAUCGGCUGGAUAAAGACUUGACAGGUCACCGUGACGAUUCAAAAAUCCGGUUCGGGAGCCUGGGCAAAGAGAUUGAGAUCUUGAACCGCAAUUACUUGACGGAGGUGGGAGAGUGCCGGCGGUCCAGCGAUGGUCUCGACCGCAGACUGUUCAAGCUUGAAGGAGUAUGCGGACGGUUCGACUCCUUCUCUGAGACUCUGGAGAGGAUCAAGGAGGGUCUGAACCGGCACGUGACCGGACUGUGGAGCUGUGUGAACGGACUGAACGCUACUGUGAUCGGACACGGCGAGGUGAUUCAUGACCUACGGGACGUCCAGCUGGAGAAGGUCCGAUCCAACAUCCACAAGAUCAACUCCUCACUGCUCGACCUGGCCAAAGACUUUCACAACUUCAUAGAACAGGACUUUACAGGACCUCGGGGGUUGCCAGGUCCCAGGGGGGAGAAGGGAGAUCGAGGAUCCCAAGGCGUUGUUGGACCCCAAGGCAGAGUGGGACUUCCUGGACGAGAAGGACCAGAGGGGCCAGUUGGACCUCCAGGACUCCGAGGGGAACAAGGUCUUCCAGGCUCUGACGCCCAUGUGCCCCGCCUCUCCUUCUCCGCUGCUCUGACGCGGCCAAUGAGAGGAGCCGGAACGAUCCCAUUCGAUAAAGUCUUUGUCAACGAAGAUAACAAUUAUAACCCCAGAACAGGUUACUUCACCGCUCCAGUGCGAGGAAAGUACUUCUUCAGUGGAAUUCUCACCGGUCACAAGAACAUGAAGAUUGAGGCAGUCCUGUCCAAAUCCAACACUGGCGUGGCACGGGUGGACUCGGCCGGGUACCAGCCUGAGGGUCUGGAGAAGCCCAUGGCAGAAGCUAAACACAUCCCUGGAGCUGUGGCUGUGUUCAACAUCAUCCUGGCUCUGGAGGCCGGGGACACGGUGUGCAUCGACCUGGUGACGGGCCGGCUGGGGUACUCCUCAGAGCCCCUCACGGUCUUCAGUGGGAUGUUACUGUACCAGACGCUGUGA